AAUUAAAAAUAGAAAAGAGACAGCAGAAGAAUAGAAAGAGCUAAACUCUGUCUCCAUUGUCAUCAUUCAUCAUCGUAGAUCUUGAUUAUUUCCAUUAUGGAACUCUGGGUUGUUCUCUGAUUGGUGCAUGAAGUUUUUCAGAUGAUCCUAGAUUGGAUUUGACAACUACCCAGUUUUCUUUGAUCGGAUUCUGUCUAUAAUUCACAUCGAAAGAUAAGAUGGAAUCAGAUCUUGGUAAACUCUUCAUUGGUGGGAUAUCUUGGGAUACUGAUGAGGAACGUCUCAAGGAGUAUUUCAGGAAGUAUGGAGAAGUGGUGGAGGCAAUGAUAAUGAGAGAUCGUGUCACCGGUCGUGCCCGUGGCUUCGGUUUCGUUGUCUUUGCUGAUCCUGCUGUUGCCGAGAGAGUAAUUAUGGAUAAGCAUAUGAUCGACGGUCGUACGGUUGAGGCAAAGAAGGCUGUCCCUAGAGAUGACCAAAACAAUUUAAACAGGAACAUUGGUGGCAUCGCUGGAUCUCCCGCACCUGGUCGCACAAAAAAGAUUUUUGUGGGAGGUUUAGCGUCUACAGUCACUGAGAGUGACUUUAAGAAUUACUUCGAUCAGUUUGGUACAAUUACUGAUGUUGUAGUGAUGUAUGAUCAUAUCACACAAAGGCCGAGAGGGUUCGGCUUCAUCACUUAUGAUUCAGAGGAAGCAGUAGACAGAGUCCUUCACAAAACAUUUCACGAACUCAAUGGUAAACUGGUUGAGGUCAAGAGGGCAGUCCCUAAAGAACUAUCUCCAGGCCCCAGCCGUAGCCCUGUUUUAGGAUAUAAUUAUGGUUUGAGUCGGGCUGCCAACAUCCUCAAUAAUUAUCCUCAAGGAUAUAAUCUAAGCCCUCUAGGAGGCUUUGGAGUCAGGAUGGAUGGUAGGUUUAAUCCUCUCUCUAGUGCUCGAACAGGGCUUCCUCCAUUUAACACCACCGGAUAUGGAAUUGGUAUGAAUAUAGAACAAGCAAUGAACCCGAGCUAUGGUGGGAGUUCCAACUUUGCCAACAGUCUGGGGUAUGGGCGGAUAAUUAGCCCCUAUUAUAAUGGGAAUCCAAACAGGUUUAGCACUCCUAUUGGCUAUGGUGUUGGAACUGGAAGAAAUUAUCCUAGUUUGAGCUCCCCUACUCGUAAUGUUUGGGGAAAUGGAGGCCUUGGCAAUGCCACAAAUUCUUCCGGCCCUGAGAGUGACUUGGGGACUGCAAGUGGGAAUUUUAGUGCUUUGGGAAAUAGUGGGGCUAAUUGGAGCCCUUCUCUGCCUAUGCAAAGUGGAGGUAACACCGGUGGGAAUUCUGGUUAUGUGAGUACCAAUGAUAACAUUGGUUUUGCAAGGGCAGGAUACGGAAGAAACACUGGCACUGUUGCAGCUCCAUCAUCAUCAUUUGCUGGAUCAACGGGUAAUUUUGAGGGGUCCUAUGGGGAUCUUUACCGUGGUGGUUCAGUUUAUGGUGACCCAACUUGGCGGUCUGCAACUCCUGACUUGGAUGGUUCUGACUCAUUCGGGUAUGGGCUUGACAAUAUAUCCUCAGAAGUUGCUGCAAGAACAUCCGAGGACUAUGUUGGAAGUUACAGUGUUGGUAAUAGACAGACCAAUAGAGGAAUUGCUGCCUAGGAGAUCUGUUAUUCGGAUAUCGGAAGUUAUUAUGUAGAGUGAAUGAAUUUUCGGGUUAUUGAUUUGGUAAUACAUUUGAAGCGAGCAGUUUACAAGCGAUUUUCUGUAAGGUUUGAGAUCCGAUUUGAUUUGAUUUUUUUUUUGUUCUGUUUUAUUUUAGUAGUGAACAUUUUAGGUUCCUUUCUUGGCAUUUGAGUGAGGUAUACAAUCAGGUUGUGGGAUAUAUACUUUGGAGGAUUGAUUCCGAUUAAACAUACCAUGCAUCUCCGAAAAAAUUGUACCGGUAGUGGCACAUCAAAAUAGGUUAUGAAUAUUUUUUCCAGUUUUCCUUUAUAUAACCUUUUCAGCUGCCAGAAUGCCUAGCAGGGCUGCUUCUUCUUCUUGUCCUUACGGUUUCUUCGUAUUAUCCGGAAUCAAUUUUCUCUCAGAUUGUAAGGAGUUUCUGUUCAAGUUAUUAGUGUGAAACAUUAGACUCUUAGAGGGAUAUCCAUAAAA